AGAUGAAGCCUUGUUCUGAAACCAAACCAUUUUCAUAGAUAAGGCAUGCUUCACGCUAUCAAAGUCAGUGAGCUUGCAUUAUAAAUUGAUUGAGCUUCAUCUCCGUUUUAUGUGCAACCUGUUCUGAACCAUGGAUUCCUCUUUGCAAUUAACUAUUGUAGCCAUUUUGGUGUCAUUGUUAGUAUUUCUCCGCCACACUUUGGUGGGAAAGAAGAGGAAUAAAGAGGCUCCUGUCCCAGCUGGAGCAUGGCCACUUAUUGGUCAUCUUCACCUUUUAAUGGGUGAUGGCCAACUUCUCUAUCGAACGCUAGGAACAAUGGCUGACCAAUAUGGACCAACAUUUAACAUCUGGCUAGGUUGUCGCAGAGCAUUCGUGGUUAGUAGCUGGGAAGUGGCAAAGGAAUGUUUCACAACUAAUGACAAGGCAUUUGCCUCACGCCCCAAAACAGUUGCCACAAAGCACAUGGGGUACAACUAUGCAGUGUUUGGUUUCGCGCCUUAUAGUCCCUUCUGGCGUGAGAUGAGAAAGAUUGCCACACUUGAACUUCUUUCCAACCGAAGGCUCGAAAAUCUUAAACAUGUGAGAGUGUCAGAGCUCAACAUGGGUGUGAGGGACUUGUACAACUCGUGGCUCCAAAACAGGUCGCAGCCUGUGGUUCUGGAACUGAACCGGUGGUUGGAGGAUUUGACUCUGAACAUUGUGGUUAGAAUGGUGGCGGGGAAACGCUACUUUGGUGCCUCAGCUACCUGUCAUGAUGACGAGGCAAGGCGGUGCCAGAAGGCUAUUAGCCAGUUUUUCCAUCUGAUUGGUAUUUUUGUUGUUUCGGAUGCGCUUCCGUUUUUGCGUUGGUUCGAUAUGCAGGGGCAUGAGAGGGCAAUGAAGAAGACUGCCAAGGAGUUAGAUGACAUACUUGAAGGUUGGCUGAAGGAGCAUCGUUUGCAAAGUGUUAAGGAAGAAGUUAAGGCAGAAGGCGAGCAGGAUUUCAUUGAUGUCAUGUUGUCGCUUCAGAAGGAAGGUCACCUAUCAAAUUUCCAAUUUGAUUCCGAUACCAGCAUCAAAUCCACAUGCCUAGCUCUUAUACUUGGUGGCAGUGAUACCACAGCUGGCACGCUUACUUGGGCCAUCUCAUUACUCCUCAACAAUCGUCAAGCAUUGAAAAAGGCACAAGAAGAAUUGGACCUUAAUGUUGGCAUGGAUCGGCAAGUAGAGGAGUCAGAUAUCAGAAACCUAGCAUAUGUUCAAGCCAUUAUCAAGGAAACCUUGCGGCUAUACCCUGCUGGUCCCCUCCUAGGACCAAGGGAGGCCCAAGAAGAUUGUAAUGUUGCUGGUUAUCAUGUCCCAGCUGGCACCCGUUUGGUGGUUAACUUGUGGAAGAUUCAUAGAGAUCCAAGGGUGUGGCAAGAGCCUUCUGCUUUUAGACCUGAGAGAUUUCUCACAAGGGAUGCAAUUGAUAUUAGAGGCCAAAACUUUGAACUCAUUCCCUUUGGCUCUGGUAGAAGGUCAUGUCCUGGCAUGUCGUUUGCACUCCAAGUUCUUCACUUGACACUUGCUCGUCUACUUCAUGCAUUUGAUUUUGGAACUCCAUCAGAUCAACCGGUUGACAUGACUGAGAGCCCAGGUUUAACCAUUCCUAAGGCAACCCCAUUGGAGGUUCUUCUCACUCCCCGUCUUCCACCCAAAUUAUAUGCCUACUAAAACAUAUAAAUGUUCUAAUAAACCUUUUAUAGUUUAUUCUUGAAAAUGGAAUUGAUGAAAUUCCAGUCGUUUGAUGUUAGGCCACGAGGCCGUUAUAAUGAAAAGUCAGUGUAAUUUAUGAUAUGAUUAUAUUUACGACUUCUGUUUUGUUGUAGAUGUAUCUUAGUCAAACAAAAUUAUCUCUCAAUAAGGUGAUACUACCUCAUCA